UCUGUCAUUGAGUUUGCUAAAGUUCCGCUUGUAGCUAUGGCUGCCUCCACUGCAGCGGAGAGACACUCGGUUAAGGACAUUUUCAUGAGCAUGGAGUACGGGCCGGCCCCGGAGGCUGCCAAUAUAGCUCAGGCUUGGCUUGAUUCCCAUCAGCGCAGCUUUGGACAUUUUAUUGAUGGCAAGUGGUUAAAGCCUGACGGCCGAAAGACCUACACCACCAAGAACCCAGCUACAGGAGAGGCUCUGGCCACCACAGUCCAAGGAGAGGAGGAGGAUGUGGAGACUGCAGUUAAAGCUGCACGGAAAGCCUUCGAGUCCUGGAGCAAACUUCCUUGCCAUGUCCGAGCCCGGUAUCUGUACAGCAUUGCCCGCACUGUACAGAAACAUCAGCGAUUACUAAGCGUGAUUGAGAGCAUGGACAAUGGGAAGCCAAUCCGUGAGUCACGGGACUGUGAUGUUCCCCUGGUGGUUCGCCAUUUCUAUCAUCAUGCUGGCUGGGCACAACUCAGGGACACAGAAAUGAAUGGGUGGAAGCCACUUGGUGUUAUUGCUGCCAUUGUUCCCUGGAACUUUCCUCUAAUGUUACUCACCUGGAAGAUCUGUCCUGCUCUAGCCAUGGGUAACACCGUAGUACUUAAACCCGCUACAUACACACGGCUGACCGCACUGCUGCUAGCAGAGAUCUGUGCUGAGGCAGGACUUCCACCAGGAGUUUUCAAUGUGGUCACAGGCAACGGAGCCUUUGGUGGAAAACUGGCUGAUCAUCCAGAUGUGGACAAAGUAGCAUUUACUGGUUCUACUGAGGUUGGAAGGACUCUGCGCAAAGCAACAGCUGGCACUGGGAAGAAAUUAUCUCUGGAGCUUGGUGGGAAGUCGCCAUUCAUUGUAUUCGACACGUCUGAUCUAGAUAGUGCUGUAGAAGGGAUUGUGGACGCCAUCUGGUUCAAUCAAGGCCAGGUUUGCAGUGCUGGGUCCCGGCUGCUUAUGCAAGAAUCCAUUUCUGAAGAUUUAAUUCGCAGACUUAAGCAGCGGAUGUCACACUUGAGGCUGGGAGACAGCCUAGAUAAAACCAUAGAUAUGGGAGCCUUGGUGGAUGAGACACAGAAAAAAACAAUUGAGGAGUUUGUGGAAGAAGCCCGAGCAGAGGGAGCCGACGUUUUCCAAUCACCCGGUCCCAUUCCUAAGAAAGGAUUGUUCUACCCUCCCACCUUAAUCACUGGAGUGAACACCACAUCCCGCUGUGUGAGAGAAGAGAUUUUUGGACCAGUUUUGGUUGCAAUGACAUUUCGCACAGCGAAAGAAGCAAUCGCCCUGGGGAACAGUACUCCAUACGGAUUGGCUGCAAGUGUCUGGACAGAAAACCUUCCCUUAGCACUGGAGGUUGCCCUUAGUAUUAAAGCAGGCACAGUGUGGGUGAAUGGGCACAACAUGUUUGACGCAGCUGCUGGCUUCGGUGGUUAUAAAGAAAGUGGAUUUGGCCGUGAUGGGGGUAAGGAGGGACUUUAUGAAUAUGUAAGACCAUCUUGGGAGAGCAGGCCCCAGCCUAACCCAGGUGAAGUGAACUACAAAACGUUUGCUGCCUCGUAUGGGACUGACUUACUUCCUAUUCCAGGGCAGAAGGAUAUUCAGCCAUCUCUUAUCCGACUCCAGGACAGCCAGAUCCCCAGUGUGGACAGGACCUACAAGCUUUAUUAUGCAGGAGCCCAGAAGCGCCCAGAUGGAAUGUACUCUCGCCCAGUCUUUGGACCUGAUGGGACAGUAGUAGCUUAUGUCUCUGAUAGCAACAGAAAAGAUGUCCGCAACGCAGUGGAAGCUGCACACAAAGCUGCUCCAGGGUGGGGGAAAAGGGCAGCACACAACAGAGCGCAGAUUGUGUACUACAUGGCUGAAAACCUUGAGCUGCGACGGGACGAGGUGGCACAGAGACUGAGCACCCUGACCGGGCAAUCCAAGGAGAAGGCUUUGCAAGAAGUAGAUCUGAGCGUCCAAAGGUUGUUCUACUGGGGAGCAUAUUGUGACAAAUAUGGAGGCACUGUACAGGAAACCUUGCUGUAUGGGGCAACUGUUAUGAUUCGGGAACCUGUUGGUGUGGUGGGCAUUGCUUGUCCCGAUGAAUAUCCUCUCCUGAGUUUUGUUAGCCUCUUUGCUCCAGCUAUUGUGCGUGGAAAUGCCGUGAUUAUGAUACCAAGUGAGAAAUUCCCUCUGCCAGCCUUGGAUUUCUACCAGGUGUUCGAUACUUCAGACCUUCCUGGAGGAGUCGUGAACCUUCUUACAGGAGGACGUGAUCACUUAGCCAAGUACUUAGUGGAGCAUCAAGAUGUCCAGGCCAUGUGGUAUUUUGGCUCUGAGCAGGGUUCUAAGUUUGUUGAAUGGUCUUCAGCCGAAAACUGUAAGCGAACCUGGGUGAACUAUGGACAUGUAAGAGAUUGGGAAGACGCGCAGCAGGGAUCAGGUGAAGAGUUCCUGUACCAAGCUACUCAGUGUAAAAAUAUCUGGAUACCCAUGGGGGAGAUCUUUGCCAACUAAAGCUGAUGAAAGCCUCAUCAAAGGGAUAGAUGUUGUCACUUAGUUGAUAAUUACAAGGGAUCAACGUAGGAUAGGGCUCAUUGACAAAUUCAGGUGCAAAGCUGUGCGGAAUUAAACAUAAAGGUGCUCAAAACUGUACAUGCUCUUUGCAGCUUGCAUCAAUAUAACGGUUCAGAUUGCUGGACUCAAGGAAUCCUUUGCAAUAAAGGGGUGGUUCACCUUCAAGUUAACUUUUAGUAUGCUAUAGAAUGGCCCAUUCUAAUCAACUUCUUAAUUGAUCUUCAUUAUUUAUUUUUUAUAACUUUUGAAUUAUUUGCCUUCUUCUUUCGACUCUUUCCGGCCUUAAAAUGGGGGCAUCUGACCCCAUCUAAAAAACAAAUGCUCUAUAAGGCUAAACAUUUAUUGUCAUUGCUGCUUUUUAUUACUCCUCUUUCUAUUCGGGCCUCUCUUAUUCAUAUUCCAGUCUCUUAUUCAAAGUAAUUUGGAUCCGAGCAACCAGAGUGCCUUAACUGCAAACUGGAGAGCUGCUCAAUAAAAAAAGCUAAAUAACUGAAAAAAAAGAAAUAAAAAAUGAAAACCAAUUGCAAAUUUUCUCACUCUUUACAUUAUACUAAAAGUUAACUCAAAGGUGAACAAUUUCUUUAACACAAGUUUAAAAAGGUGUUACUUCUAGGAGUCCAUUUGUGUGUUGCUUAUUCACAUGCAACUGACUUACACUAUUUCUGGAUGCAAAUACAGGGCUUUGAUUGUUGGGGGGGGGUACAGAAUGUAGUUUAGUCAGGGGUCUUGUAGCAGAGGGAGUCCCAAGAGACAUAAAUUGGGCUACAACUGUGUCUCAGUCUUCUCCAUUGACUGCAAUUCCAGUACCUCUAGUAUUGUUUGAUUGGCAUCGUUUUAUGAGAAAAUGCCUCCCCAGAGCAAGCAAUAUGGCAGCUGCCAUUCAUUCAUUAUAUAGUAUUUACAGCUCUACGUUUUGCUCGCAUACUUUUCAGGGAAAAUCUAUGAACUGUUAUGGACAGGGUGCAUUUGCCCUUUAACUGCCAAAUAUGUUACUUAAGUAAUUACAGUGCCUUUAAUUGCCAGAAUAAUAAUAAUAGACUGUACACCAACAGUGAAUAGCAACACCUCUCAUCAUUAAAGGGGAUAUAAAGUCAAAAAAUUAAGCCCCUUUUUCCCUGAUCCUUACAUAUAAAGAAACCUCUCUCUUAAAGGAAUUGUCCAGUAUAAAAACUGGGUAAAUAAAUAGGGUGUGCAAAAUAAAAAUGUAUCUAAUAUAGUUAAGUAGCCAAAAAUGUAAUGUAUAAAGGCUGGAGUGACUGGAUGUCAUAAUAUAAUAGCCAGAACACUACUUCCUGCUUUUCAGCUCUCUUGGUUUCCACUGAUUGGUUACCAGGUAGUAACCAAUCAGUGACUUGAGGUGGGUUCACAUGAGUCAUAUCUGUUGCUUUUGAAUUUGAGCUGAAUGCUGAGGAUUAAUUGCAAACUCACUGAACAGUUAUGUCCCAUGUGGCCUCCCUUCAAGUCACUGACUUUUUUUAGAGAGCUGAAAAGCAGGAAGUAAUGUUCUGGCUAUUAAGUUACACAUCCAGUCACUCCAGUCUUUAUACAUUACAGUUAUAACUAAUUAUAUUAGAAACAUUUUUUAUUUUGCACAGUGUAUCUAUUUACCUAGUUUUUAUCUUUACACUGAACUGUUCCUUUAAUACACUUUCAUUAAAAAUUCUGUACUGUUUUGAUAAAAAACCUGAUUGUUUGCUGCUCAGAUUUCCCCUUGGCUUUACUCGAUCAGACUGCUUCUGAAACAAUUCUUUAGACGGUCAGUCGCCGGCUGCUUUGCAGAGAAACCAACAGUGCUGCUAGAGUUUUGCACCUCUGGGAAGGACAAAUAAAACAUGAAAUAACCCUGAACACUGCAGGCAGAGCAGACGGUGGCCGUCUAGAGUAUUGUGUCUGCAGCCGUCAAAGCGAGUAAAGCCAUGAGGAAAUCCAAACAGCAAGCAAUCAGGUUUUUUAUUAAAACUGUACAACAUUUUUAAUCAAAGCAUAUUGGAGAAAGGUUUCUUUAUAUGUAGGGAACAGAAAAAUCUUUUUUUUUCUUUACAUCCCCUUUAAACAUGUGUUGCUGUGCUGCUCUAUAUCAAAUGUAACAAAUGGGAACACACACAUUUCAAUAAAUUCAUUGAUUGUCA